UUCAACAGGUUUCCAAAACAAACUUUCAUUUCCCAAAUUAUUCUCUUUCAAAAACCCCACAAAACAAAGAAAUAAAAACUUUCCUUUUUUCUUUUUUCUUGAAAGAGAAUUCUCAGAAACCCACAAAUGAAUAUAGCAAAGAGAAGCCAGAGAUUCUUCAAAUUCAGAUUAUUUUCUCUAAUUUCUUCUUCAAUUUCAAAUUAUUUGAUCUAAUUAUUUCAAAACCUUUGAUUUUUUUUUCUUUUUCUAAAGAAUUAAGCUUUUGAUCAUUUGGUUUGUGUGUGUUUGUGAUUUUGGGGUUUUUAUUUAUAUUUUUAUUGAAUUUGAAUUUAGAGUUACAAAUGGUUUCAAAAUAUUACCACAAAUUUUCACGUGGGGUAGUAGAAAUGAGUUGGAUUAAGCUAAUUUGUGUUGAUUGCUCAAACCUUUUUUGGUUCUUAUUUGGAUUUUUCUCUAAUGAAAACUAUCAAGGGAAGCCUCGGAUCAUCUAGCAUAAAUUAAACCAUAUUUAUUAUUCCAAAAUCUAUUUUCUUUUUUUUCCCCCUUUUUCUUUUCUUUUUGAUCUCUCUCUCUUUAUACAUAAUAAUAUUGUGUUUUUAUUUUGAUUCAAAGUUUUGUGAAAUUAAAAGAGAAAUUAAAGAAUGGCACAAUCGAAUAUUGGGUAUGCUGAAACAGAUCCUUCUGGUCGCUAUGGACGGUUUAGAGAAAUUCUAGGCAAAGGAGCCACGAAAACAGUAUAUAAAGGCUUCGAUGAGGUUCUUGGAAUUGAAGUGGCUUGGAACCAAGUCCAUCUCAAAGAUGUCUUCCAUUCCCCUGAAGAACUACAACGCUUAUACUCAGAAGUUCAUCUCCUCAAGAACCUCAACCACGACUCGAUCAUCCGAUUCUACACUUAUUGGAUCGAUACUCAUCGCCGAACGUUCAACUUCAUCACAGAAAUGUUCACAUCUGGCACCCUUAGAGAGUAUCGACAAAAGUAUCGAAACAUCGACAUCGAAGCAAUCAAGAACUGGGCUCGUCAAAUCCUACAUGGUCUUGUUUAUCUUCAUGGUCAUGAUCCACCCAUAAUCCAUAGAGACCUAAAGUGUGAUAAUGUAUUCAUCAAUGGCCAUCUUGGGCAAGUUAAGAUUGGUGACCUUGGACUUGCAGCAAUCCUUCAUGAUUCUCAACAUGCUCAUAGUGUCAUAGGUACACCAGAGUUCAUGGCACCAGAACUUUAUGACGAGGAAUAUAAUGAACUUGUGGAUGUUUAUUCGUUUGGGAUGUGUAUGAUUGAGAUGCUUACUUUGGAGUAUCCUUAUAGCGAAUGCUUUAAUCCUGCUCAGAUAUACAAAAAAGUCACUUCAGGAAAAUUGCCAAAUGCAUUCUAUGAGAUCAAAGACUUGGAGGCCCAAAGAUUUGUAAGAAAAUGUUUGGAGAAUGUUUCAAAGAGGGUGUCUGCUAGAGAGCUCUUGCUUGAUCCAUUUCUAGCACCUUCCAACGCUAACAAUGCCUCUCACAAUGAAGAGUUGUUGUCUUCAUCUUUAUCUCCAGAGAAAUCAAUAAUGGCAAGAAGAACAGAUUUAGCCAUUUCAGGAUCAAUCAAUCCCAAGGAUGAUUCAAUUUUCCUUAAAGUGCAGAUCAAAGUGAAGAACGGUAAAUCUAAGAACGUAUAUUUUGCAUUCGACAUCUUAAACGACACUACAAUCGACGUUGCGACCGAGAUGGUUAAAGAGUUGGAAAUUAUCAGUGAUUGGGAUCCAUUGGAGAUAGCUGUGAUGAUAGAGAAGGAGAUAUCCUCAUUGAUUCCAGAUUGGGAGGAAUGGAAGUUACCAAAAAUCCAACAUCAAGAUAGCUUCAACUAUGAACAAGAUCACGAUGGCGACAACGAUAACGACAAUGACGAUGACGACGAAAACUAUGCAACACCACAUCCUUUCUAUUAUUGCGGCUCUUCUCAUGGCUCCUCCUCAGAUUCUCUUCAUGCUUUCUACUCUUCCCGUGAGAACCCCAAUCAUUAUUUUGGAGGGAUGAAGGACACUUCUAAUACUACUGAGUGGUUUCGAGAGGAUGAUACAAGUUCUUGUUGCUCUCUCAAUUCCUUCAAUUACUCUGAUUUAAGUUUUUACUCAAACAAUGAAGAUGAGUAUGAAUAUGACUCAAAUAUCAAAGGAAGAGAGCCUCAAUAUGUCUCAACAACCAAACAACCUACAAGAUUUUGCCCAACCAUGAAGAUAGACUCACACCAUUUGAGGCACAAGGACAAUAAAAUUAUCCCCAAUCGAGAAGUAUUCGAGAGUCGAUCUCGAUCAAAUAACUCGCCUAGACUUACAAGGGUGAAAUCGAUGGUGAACCUUCGUAGUGAGACGUUGCACCGGUACUUAGUAGAGAUGUUGUUGAAGAAGCGCUUGUUCAAUACUGUGGGUGCAAUGGAGAAUAUUGGAUACCAAAAGCCAUAGCAAAAUUGAUAUUAUUAUCGAAUGUGUUCAAGUUUCAUGAAUUAUUUCAGUGGGAUUUGAGGAUUUGUGUAUAUAAAUAAAUGAAAAGGAAACUGAAUUGUGUUUUGGGGCUUGUAGUAAUUAUGUUUUACAUUUGUAAAACGUGUGAAACAUAAAGCCAUGGAUAUAUAUAUAUAUGAUUGAAUAGUAUUGCCCUUUCAAUGCAUUUUUAUGUGUAAAAGGAAAA